GGCUCGAGCUUUCCCGGCUUGCUCCACAUCCCCCUCUCCUCCCCUUCGCCGUUCGCUCGCUUCUGCUCCCGCCUCACCGCCGCCCCGCUGGCCGGUGGGCGUCACGCCGCUGCCGUUCCUGCCCGGCGCUCUCCUCGCUGCGCCGCGCCUCGCCCUCCCUCCCGCCCACUGGCGGCAAUGGUCGACUGCCCGCGGCUGCCCCUGGCAGGCGCGCACGCCUCUCCGUACCCCAGCCACGCCGCUCACCGGAGGGCCAGCGCCGGCGUCCCUGCCAUGUCACUCUCUUUCCGCAGCGUCAUCCACCGCCGCAGGCCCUCCUCCUCCUUUCCCGUGCGAUCUGCAUCCUCUGGGUCAGGAAGCCAAUCGAGCGUUGCAGAAAGUUCAGAGGCUGUCGAAUGGGCCAUGCAGGAUUUCUACGCUUUGCGGAAGGAUGUCGAGCUGGCUGUAGCGCGUGUCAAUGAAGUCAGGCAGUCUGCUGCCAUGGAUCAGCUCGAGGAGGAAAUCGCCUCGCUUGAGAAGAAAUCCGCAGAUAGUUCCUUGUGGGAUGAUCCUUCCAAGGCACAGGAGAUACUUGUUGCUCUGACAGAGGUCAAAGAUAGAGUCAAGCUUCUCAACGAUUUUAAGUCACAGGUUGAAGAAGCUGAGACCAUUGUGAAGCUGACUGAGGAGUUAGAUUCUAUAGAUACCAGCCUUCUUGAGGAGGCCUCAAAGAUCACAAAGGCAUUAAACAAAGCACUAGAUAACUUUGAGAUGACACAGCUUCUUUCUGGACCUUAUGACAAGGAAGGGGCUGUGAUAAAUAUUACUGCAGGUGCUGGUGGCACUGAUGCACAGGAUUGGGCUGACAUGUUACUGAGGAUGUAUGUUAGAUGGGGAGAGAAGCAGCGCUACAAAACAAGAGUGGUCGAAAAAUCUCCUGGUGAAGAGGCUGGAAUAAAAUCAGCUAGCAUUGAAUUAGAGGGGAGAUAUGCCUAUGGGUAUCUCUCUGGGGAGAAAGGGACACACAGAAUUGUUCGUCAGUCCCCAUUCAAUGCCAAAGGGCUUAGGCAGACAAGCUUUGCUGGUGUUGAAGUCAUGCCUCUGCUGCCAGAGGAGUCCAUGGAUGUAGAAAUACCUGAAGAGGACCUGGAGAUAAGUUUUACUAGAGCAGGAGGCAAAGGAGGCCAGAAUGUGAACAAGGUGGAGACGGCUGUUCGCAUGGUCCAUAUUCCCACUGGAAUCGCCGUUCGUUGCACAGAGGAAAGGAGCCAACUGGCCAACAAGAUAAAGGCCCUGAGCCGGCUGAAGGCGAAGCUGCUGGUGAUCGCCGAGGAGCAGCGCGCGUCGGAGAUCAAGCAGAUCCGCGGCGACGCGGUGAAGGCGGAGUGGGGGCAGCAGAUCCGCAACUACGUCUUCCACCCCUACAAGCUCGUCAAGGACGUCCGCACCGGCUGCGAGACGUCGGACGUCGCCGGCGUCAUGGACGGCGAGCUGGACGCCUUCGUCAGAGCCUACCUCAAGCACAAGCUGUCUGCUGCUGCUGCUGCUGCCGAGGAGCAAAGCGUCAAGUGACGCAGAUUGCAUCCGGUAUCCGGUGCAGCAGUGUGAAGUGAAGUUUUGUACGCAGAGCAAGAACUCCACCCAGGUCUGUCUCGUGGUGGAAGAAUAGCCUGAAAUUAACCGUGCUUGUGCUAUAGAUGCAGAGUUCUUCUUUGUUUAGAUACUUGAGGACUGAUAAAUAGGACGAUCAUGCUCCUACAAAAAAAAUGCUUUUUUUUUUGAAAGAAGGCCACCGGUUUACCCCGGCGUGGUAUAUAUUAGAAGAGAUUUGCUCUGGUCCAAUAAAAAAUACCUUGACCGUAAGGUACCGGUAACUCAAGUUACUUUUUGUCGAGGUACUUUUUGUUGAACGGUUAAAAUGCUCAUUAGAAGGGGGAG